AUGGAAAAGAUAAGAAUCGACAAAUACCUGUGGGCCAUACGCAUCUUUAAAACACGUAGCCUGGCUACUGCUGCCUGCGACGAAGGCAAAGUAAAGCUGAACGGGCAGAACAUAAAGCCCGCGCGUUCCGUUGCCCUGGGCGACCGCUAUGAUAUUAAAGCACCUACCCGCCGCUGGACCAUUGAAGUAACCGGCCUGUUACAGAAUCGCGGCAGCUAUGAAGAAGCGAUAAAGCAUUAUACCGACCUUACCUCGGAAGAAGACCGCCAGCUCAGCCAGUAUAUUACCUCGUCCUUUUUUACAGGCAAGCGCCAUAGCAAAACAGGCCGCCCCACUAAGAAACAGCGGCGCGACCUGAAUGAUGUACUCGGACCGGAUGACGGAACCGAAGAAUAA